UAAAAAUUUGUCCCUACAAACGCUUCGCUAGUGCCCAAACCUGCGCGGUAUGAAACUCCAAAAAGUGAAUCGUUAGCAACGUAUAUAUUUUGCAAACAGGGUGUAGCCAGUUGCGCGAGGGCUUGAUCAUUUAGAAGGCACCUUUUCUGGGACUGUUGUUGACAGACGAAGCAAACAUGUCAUUAGACAUUACUGAACACAUGAAAGUCUUCUUAUUAAGCAACAAGAAAGAGUCUAAAGUAGCUUUUGGCACAACUCUAAAUAGAGAGUUGCUACCUUUAAAGACUCCUCACACCCGAGCAGGAAAUGAACUUGGACUUCGCGGUAUUCCAAAUCUUGCCCCUGGUUCAUAUAACAAUGCCGAAGUGAGCUCGUUUGUUCAUGUUUUGAAUCAGAAGCCCAUGUGCAAAAAAGGAUAUGCAUUAGGAGCAAGAACAGCACCGCGAUUUCAGAGAGGAUUUGAUGCUGAAGUUCCUGGUCCACCAGCCUAUCAAAGAAUAAUCAGCAAACCAAAAGAGUUCUCCCAAGCAGUUAAACCCUUUCAAUGUGGUUUAACAAGAUUUCCAAAGUUAAAACACGAAACUAUGCCUGGACCUGGUACAUAUGAACAUGGAGUUGGAAGAAACAGAAAAGUUCAAUUUCAUGGAUCAUUUGGUGGCCCUCAAACAUUACGAGCGUCCAUCAAAACUAUUUGUAUUGAUGACGAAAUUAAAACUUGUUUCGCAUGUUCGAUUCCACCUGUUGGUGACUUCUACAUCAACAACAAAAAAAAUACGCUUUGUCGAUUGUGUUAUAAAGAUUUGGAGCAGUCAGAAAAAGACCAAAGAUUACUAAGCAAGUUCAUUAAAGUUCGUGAUUGCGCGGAUAUUCAUUCUCAUCAAGAAACCAAUGCCAAACUGCGAUACAUGCGUGCAAUUAUAUAAAAAAAGACUUUUAUAACAGAUGAUAACCCUGUCUUAAAGUAUGCUAUCUCUAACUUGCGUAAUGGUACCUACGAGACCUUUACCAAAUGGGGACGGUGAAGUAAAAAAAGCAAGGAAGGUUUUUUAGGUAAAUCAAGUGUAUAAAUUAUCUCAUAAAGCAAAGUAGACAACUGGAAGAUUAAUUAAGCUUGGUAAAAGUUGUAAACAAAGAAUUAGCGAUGACCAUGGUAUCACUGAGAAAAAUGGGAUAAGGAUGAACAGAAGGUGAGUCUGGAAGACAACACAAAAGAGAAAGAAAAACAGGGAAUAUGUCAUUGGUAUGCUAAAAACGGCAAGUGCAUUUGUGGUUUUUAGUGCAAAUUUAGACAUGCGGAAAGUAGAGAAAUAACAAAUAACAAUUAAAGAAAAUCAUUGUAGUUGGUUUAUGAAAGGAAGGUGUAGUUUUGGAGAAAGAUGUAGAUACCAACACAGAAUAUGUAAAUUUGAAGAAAGAUGCAGGUUUGAUAAAAAGUGUAAUUAUAAACGUCGGCUAAAAAAAGAAUAAAAGUAUUUAAAGAAGACUGGAAAUAAAAAAAUGCAAGAAACAAAGGUGAGAGAGAAACAGAAAAGGAAACAACUCAAACAGAAGACCAAAAAGAGCAUAUUGAGAAAAUGAAAAAAAUUAACAGCAAGAUAGAUUUUUCUGGUCGAAACUUGAAUGUUUUAAUAAGCACAAUUCAACAGCAAGAGAGGCAGUCUCAUUACAUUGCUCAAAAUCCUUACUACCCAAGUCAAUUACAAAAUUACGUAAACUACCAAAUGCAAAAACAUUAGGAAGUAGCCCAAACAGCAAAUCAACUAUGAAGAAACGAAGUUCAAUGAAAAUCGAAAACAAAGUGAUAGAAUGUAAAAUAAUGUAUAGUAAUAUCAGAGGAUUAAACAAAUGUAUUAAAAAAAAAAUGUAUGUGAGGAGUAGCCGUUUAUCAUUGGAAUAGUAGAAAGCCACUUAAAUAAGAACGGGAAAAAUGGAACAUAACUCAGAAAUAUUGUGGUGGAAUGUGCAAGAUACACAGGAAAUGAAGAGUUAGUAUGGGUUGUACAACAAUGGAAAAGUUAUUAUUUGUGUAGGACUAAUUUACGCACCUCAACAAUCACGUACAAAGAAAAAUCAACUAAAAAAAAAGUAUAAGAGAUUAUUGGAACAAAUAGGGAUUGCAGAAAAAAAACUAUCAAAAAUAAUUUAUACUGGGUAAUUUUAAUUGUAACGUUGGUAAUGCAAUUGAUGUAAUUGUAACAAUAUCAGGACGAAUGUUAAUCGAACUAACAAGGGAGUUUAAUAGGAUCAAACAAAUGUCAAGGAGUGUGGAUAAGAAAUGAUAUGAAGUCAGUGAUCGAAUACAUGAUUGUAAAGAAAGAAGAUUUAAGUGCGAUAGAGUAUGUGGCAAUAGAUUAAAAGAGAAACUAUGGUUUAUAUAGAGAAGCAAAGAAGAAUGAAGUCAUGACAAAGGUAUAUUCAGACGGUUUAAGUGGUAGUAGAUACACCAGCAGGUGCCACUGAUAAAUUUAUGUUGGAAACAUAGUAAGGCAGGGAACAAUAUACGGGCCAAGGAUUUGUCUUGUAUCGAUUAACACAAUCAACACGAUAGAAGUAUAAUAUGCUAUGUUUUUACGUAACCUAUAAAUAGGCCGCCACAUAUUUGUAGACGAUAUAAUGCGUGCAGAAAGUAAAAGGAAAGUGGAAUCAACGAUAUGAAAUAUGAGAAUGCUGGAGGACCUGAAAGAACCUACAUUUAAUGUGCAAAAAACGAAGUAUAUGGUAAUUGACGGGAGAGGACAGAAAAAAGAAGAGGAUAUAAAAGAAGAAAUAAAUAAUAGAAAAUUGACAGAACAGAAGAAUAUGGUGACUUUAGUACGCAAAUAGAACAACCAAAAGGAAAGGUCGGUCGGAUGGUAAACACAAUGCUAUACUAAAAGAAUGUUGACAGAAUUGGUCCAAAAGCCUGCAAUAUUGUAUUGUACUGAAGCAUAGACCAACUGUAAAAAGAAGGAAAUAGAUGAGCUGGAAAAGAAAAAAGGUGCACUAGAAAUGAAGAAAAGUAACCAAAUCUUGGAGUACUAAUAGAGACUGGAUACUGGACAAAAACAGUUGAUUGAAGAAAGAAAAUAAUUGCUAUUGCAAGAAAUAGUAACAGAUGAAAACAGAUUGAUAAGGAGAUAAUAGAGGAGAACUUGAGGAGUAACUAACAGGAGACGUGGAUAAUGGAAGUAAUGGAUAAAAUGGAAGAACAAAAUUAUAUAAUGGAUAUAAUGGAAGAAGAUAAUUAAGGAAAGGAUGGUAAAUGUAUUAUCCAGUAAAAUAGAAAAAGCUACCAAGCAAAAAAAAGAAACUAAGAUUUAUAUUGGGCGAUGAAUAUGAAAGGAAGAAGUUUGUUGAGGAAUAAACAACAGUCGAAACAAACUAUAACCUCUUAUAAUAAUACAUAGACUGUGUCUGUUUGUAACAGGCAAAGUGGAUAUCGUCAUUUUCCUUUGAUGUCGCCGAAAAACUUAAGUCUAAUAUGUUAAAUUUUCUGACUUUACGGCGCGACGUCAAUAACACUACUUUAACGUCAAUAGCCUACAUUAAAUUAAUGAAGCCAUUGCAGUGCACCAAAACUAAGAGGCCAAAUAACUUGGAAACGAGUUGGUGACGUCAAUGUUUUUUCACCGCGUGGGUAACUAGGGACCACCUGGGACCAAUUUGGUAAUUUUCCAAACCUGGGUCCCCAAAUCCGUUUCAGAAUGAUCGUGUUUAUGUAGUCAUCAAAAAACCUUUAAACCACAAUAUUUCCGUAACCGUUGGUCAAAAGUACAUGAUCCUAUAUCUUUUCUUAAUUAGCAUUUCAAGAGCUAUAACAUGAAGGCAACGGGUAUACAAAUUUCGAAAAAAUGAUUUUUUGUACUUUUAUUUGGGACUUUACUGACAUCAGCAAAAUUGUUAAACCCGUAAAUCUCAUUAACCAUUCAUCAAAAGCACGUGAUUACAUACAUUUUCUUGAUCAGCGCUUUAAGGUCUACACAAUAAAAGCAACGUAAAAACAAGGUUCUAAUUUUUUUUGCAGAUGGGUUGCUGACGUCAUCAAAAUUCAUAUGACGCUUAUUUUUCAAUUUUAUCCUGCUUCAGUGGAUUUUUCCACGGGCUUUAUCGACUAGUCUUAUAUAAUGAUACGGAGUGUAUGUGACGGUCAUAGUGGAUAUCGUCAUUUUCCUUUGAUGUCACCGAAAUUUUCUUUGAAGUCGCCGAAAAAAGUAUGUAUCAAAUGUUAAAUUCUAUGACGUUACGGCGCGACGUCAAUAACAGUACUUUAAAGUCAAUAUCCUAUAUUAAAUUAAUGAAGCCAUUACAGUGCACUUAAAAUUUUAAAGACAAAUAACUUGGAAACGAGGUAGUGACGUCAAUGAUUUUUCACCGCGUGGGUAACUAGGGACCACGUAGGACCAAUUUGGGUAAGUUUCCCAAACCUAGGUACCCAAAUCUGUUUCGGAAUGAACGGGUUGAUGACGUCAUCAAAAAUCAUUUUAACCACCAUAUCUCCGUAACCGUUUGUCAAACGUACAUGAUCCUAUACAUUUUCUUAAUCAGCGUUUAAAGACCUGUACGUUGAAGGCAACAGGUAUACAAUUUUCUCAAAAAUAAUUUUGUGUGUUUUCGCGGGUCUUUGGUGACGUCAGCAAAAUUUUGAAACCCUUAUAUCUCAUUAACCGCUCAUCAAAAGCACAUGAUCAUAUACAUUUUCUUGAUCAGCGUUUUAAGCUCUGCACAGUACAGGCAACGAACGAACUAAAUUUCGCCAAAAAUUUUUUUAAUUGCACUGCUGACGUCAGCAAAAAAUCUAAAACCACCUAUUUUUCCAUUGUCCUUCUGCCUAAGUGGAUUUCUCCACGGGCCUUAUCGACUAGUCUAUAUAAUAAUACACCAGUUCUGUCUGUCUGUGACUUUUGCAAAGUGGAUUAUAUUCUUUACAAUUUUCUUUAAGAAUUUCUAUAAAACAUCGUCUAUAAAAUUGUUCUGUAAUUUACCAAACUGUAACGUUAAAUAAAAUUGACGUCAAAGGCAAGUUAAUUAAGAUUAGUGAAGCCAUUACAGUGCAUUUAAAACUUUGAGGCCAAAUAACUUGGAAACGAGGUGGUGACGUCAAUGAUUUUUCACCG